GUGGCUGGCUGCAGAGAUCGAAUCCCUGAGUUCACCAGGAGGGACGAGCUGAGACCUAGCCUGCAGUGGAGCAGAGAGAGGAAACGGAGCAGACUGACACUUAUACACUCACUGUGCUCGCUCAGACACUGUGCUCACUAGCUCACUGUCCAUUUACAGCACAACACCCCAUUUUCACCAUGCUAGGCUGGGACCUGUGGACAAUUCUUUCCUUUACUGCUGUUCUCUCUGAAGCACUCCCUCUGACCAACAUCAGGAUCACACAAGCUCUGCCACUGCAGCUGGCGGACUCCAGCCAGCCCGCCCCUUGCCCUCUCUUCUGGACAGAGUUCGAAGGUCAUUGUUACCGUUUCUUCCCUCUGAACCGAACCUGGGCUGAGGCUGACCUCUACUGCGCUGAGUUCUCCAACGGCCACAAGUCAGCCAAGCUCCCAUCCAUACACAGCUGGGAAGAGAAUGUUUUUGUCUAUGAUCUGGUGAACAGUCGCAUCCCUGGCAUCCCCACAGACAUCUGGAUCGGACUCCAUGACCGGAGACAGGAAGGCACCCUGGAGUGGACGGAUGGCUCACCCUAUGAGUACAGUUACUGGGAUGGGAACCAGCCGGACGAUGGCAUCCACCGCAUCCCUGCGGAGGAGGACUGUGUGGAGAUCUGGUACCGGCAGAGCAGCGGUCUGAGAUCCUGGAAUGAUAACAGCUGUGACAAAGCCUUUCCCUUCGUCUGUAAAAUCCCCACACUGGAGAAUUAGCUUGUCUCCAUUCCUGAAGACAACUCCUUCCCCUGGACCGUCACACCUCUACCUCUCCAGCACUGGCAUCCAGUUCUGAUCCUGUGAGAUGUUGCUUGCAAUCGGCCAGUGAAACCCAGCCAGGCUCUUACUCUCUCUGGAGCCUGCACACAUCUAAUCCUCGUUUGAAGCGGAACGAUUUAUUGCUCGUACUCAGGUUUCUGGAGGGACUCUAAUUGUUUUAUGAUUUUGCUUGGAAUGGUUUAUGACUUUUAAUAAACAUGCAGUUGCUCUCAUGGUCAGAAUGCUGCUCAGUUGGGUGUGCCUGGAGUGAAGGGCAGGGGGUCGUUGAUAGAGAUGUCAUUCCUCAUACAUUUUCUAAACACACAUAGGACCGCGGGAGAAGUUGUACUCUGGGAUACCAUUCCUUAAAGGAUGCAAAGAGGAUCCCUGCCUGCCUGGGAUACACAAACUUAAUCAUUCACUUUGUCUUAGCAUCACUGUUUCUUAAUUGGUAUUAUAGCAAUAUAAAAUGUAGUGGGAAUUUGUUACCAGGCAAUUAAGUUCUAUAUUUAUAAGACACAGCAUGUGUUUUAGCAAUGUGCUGCACUUUCUUUUUAAUUGAAACAUAAUUAAGAAACCUGUUAUUGUUAAAUUAGCAUUUUUUUCUAUCUAUCUACUCACAUUCCUGCCCAUUUACUAUAGUGGGUGGAGAAAAGUAAUGCUAAUAAAAGUGUUUACUACC